GGCCUGGCGCUCACCUGGGGAGCUCAGCCCGACAGUCACCUGCCCCACGCCGGUCACGCUUGAGCGCCGCCCCGGCACCGCCGGAUCCAGCGGAUUAACCUCCAAGGGCGUCCCGGGCCCUCGCCUUGGCGUCGGGCCCGGCGCGAGCCCUCAGGUCUCGGCGCGGUCGGGAGACUUCGGGCUCUCGCAAGGACGUCUCUUGUAGGCGGCCCGGUCAUCGGAUGAUUUGGGGGCGCUCUGGGCGACCUGAGGACCAGGCUUGUGGGAAGGUGGCUGGAAGGAGCCGGUCCUGCUCCUCCCUCUUUGUGCAGAGGCGGAGAUUCUUCCGGGCUGGCCGUGUCUUCACAGUAGAUGCUGAUGUUAAUAAUGUCCUGUCCUCUACGCGAAGCCUGGCAGGCAUUCAUUGUCACAGGCUGCGUUUGCAGGGCCUUGAUAGGCACAGAAUUGGGACUUUGAGUUGAGAGACGUACAGGACUGCAAUGACUUAGGAAGGAAAUACUGCAGUAUAAACGCUAGUUAACAAUCAAGAUGGUACAUGCUGAAGCCUUUUCUCGUCCAUUGAGUCGGAAUGAAGUUGUUGGUUUAAUUUUCCGUUUAACAAUAUUUGGUGCAGUAACAUACUUCACUAUCAAAUGGAUGGUAGAUGCAAUUGACCCAACCAGAAAGCAGAAAGUAGAAGCUCAGAAACAGGCAGAAAAACUGAUGAAGCAAAUUGGUGUGAAAAAUGUGAAGCUUUCAGAAUAUGAAAUGAGUAUUGCUGCUCAUCUAGUAGACCCUCUUAAUAUGCAUGUUACUUGGAGUGAUAUAGCAGGUUUAGAUGAUGUCAUUACAGAUCUAAAAGACACAGUAAUCUUACCUAUCAAAAAGAAGCAUUUGUUUGAGAAUUCCAGGCUUCUGCAGCCUCCAAAAGGUGUUCUUCUGUAUGGACCUCCAGGCUGUGGGAAAACGUUAAUUGCCAAAGCUACAGCUAAAGAAGCAGGCUGUCGAUUUAUUAACCUUCAGCCUUCGACACUGACUGAUAAGUGGUAUGGAGAAUCUCAGAAACUGGCUGCUGCUGUUUUCUCCCUUGCCAUAAAGUUACAGCCUUCUAUCAUAUUUAUAGAUGAAAUAGACUCUUUUCUACGAAAUCGUUCAAGUUCUGACCAUGAAGCUACAGCGAUGAUGAAAGCUCAGUUUAUGAGUCUCUGGGAUGGACUGGAUACUGAUCACAGCUGCCAGGUCAUAGUGAUGGGAGCUACCAAUCGCCCUCAGGACCUUGACUCUGCUAUAAUGAGAAGAAUGCCUACAAGAUUUCAUAUCAACCAACCUGCUCUAAAACAAAGAGAAGCAAUCUUGAAGCUCAUCCUGAAAAAUGAAAACGUGGAUAGACAUGUAGAUCUUCUAGAAGUUGCCCAGGAAACUGAUGGAUUUUCAGGAAGUGACCUAAAAGAAAUGUGUCGAGAUGCUGCCCUCCUCUGCGUCAGGGAAUAUGUCAAUUCUACAUCAGAAGAAAGUCAUGAUGAAGAUGAAAUCCGGCCUGUGCAGCAGCAGGACCUGCAUCGGGCAAUUGAAAAGAUGAAGAAAUCAAAGGAUGCAGCGUUUCAGAAUGUUUUGACUCACGUUUGUUUAGACUAGGAGUAAAGAUCAUUUGUACGGUUCCAUGAUCUCAUGGGAUGCACUCUCAUCCUUACAGCAGUGAGGGAGAUCCAUGCUUGUGGUUUUAUACUCAGAUACUAAGUUAGUGAGGUCUGUUAUAUAAACUGUUAUUUUACUGCUUGUCAGAAAUCAUGAGGAGGAAGUUGAGUCCAGCCUGAGUGUCGGUGCUUGUUUGACCUUUUUAGCCAUAUGCUGUUACAGCCUUAUAGAGUGUAAGCUGGUCUUAAAGUAGUAAAUGAUUUGUUGAGUCAUUAGUGAGAAAUGGGAUGUGGUUAGGUGCUGGUUUCUAGACAUGUGAGUAUGAAUGUGAGUAUGUAUGUAUGAGUGUAUAUUAAAUGUAUAUAUCCACAGUUUUUUUUUAAAUAUUCUGUAGAUAGGUUUGAAUACAGAAGCUUUUUUUUUUUUUUUUUUACCCUAACUACAGAAUCCAAAAGCACUAGAUAGUUAGUAGCAAAACUAGGAUUUAAGGCAGGAUCUGACAGGUGCAGUGUGAUUCAGCCAUUCCUAGUUGUCAUUUAUUUUGGCCAGUUUUAAGUUGAAAAUUUCCUCUGCAGUUGGUUGAAUCAACCACAUCUGAAUAUGUACAUGUGUCUCAAUGGUUGUCAGGAGAGUCAAAGACAAACACGAUCUGCUCAGUGAUCAGCAUUGAUUCACCUCAUUGUCCUCUAAGACUGAGCAUAAUUUUUAAAGUUUUACACUGAUUUACAUUAAGAAGGAUUGAAAACCUUUCAAAACAAUGGGUUUGAGAAACCUCAGUGCUCUUUAAUACGUGUAUAUGACUCUCAGUGUAACAGUUCUAUAACUGUAUUUGUUAAAUGUUGCUUGAAAGUUACACGUUCUUUAAUUAUGUUCAAAUUUAAUUUGGUCACCAAAAUAAAAUGAUAGUUUAUAUAAAUAGUCAUUACUAAAUGUGCUAAAAAUGCUCAUUUUGUAACUUUAAUUUAAAAUUUUUCUCAGCAUAGUAUAAAUUGUGUACAAAUAUACACGUCCGAAUUCUUGUGUUGUAUCUGUAGUCACUUGAUGUUAUGUGAACCACAUAUAAAACGUCUUUUUUCAAACCUCCAGUAACCAGAAUUCUGUUGCAGGUACCUCAGCAUAUGACAAAGCAAGAAGAUAAUGCCACAGCACAGUCUUAUGGUGCCUCUGAAUCAGCAGAAUGAUUAAAUUAUGGGAAAAAAAUGCUUUGUUUUUAUUAUUUGUUUUUUUUUUCUUUGAAAACUAAAUUUCCAUGUGUUUGUUGGAUUAAUUUCUCUAGUGAUAUGUCUCACAAGAACCUGUUGGACACUUUGUUUCUCCAUUUGUGCUUUGGUGGUUGUAGAUUGCAGGAGAAUACUUAGUAUGACAGAAAGCAGCAAGCCAUGAGAUAUUGUGAAGAGGAUGGGAAAUGAAUGCUAAUACAAGACGCCAAGAAACAUGUCCUGUUUUUAUAAUUUACAAUAAAAGGUCCUUCCUUUUGAUUCUUUUCUUUCCACUAAGUCCUUAAUCUGUUUCAAUUACUUUAAAUUGUGGGUUUUGUUGUUGUUUAUAAAAUUUGUGUUUGGACAGUUUUUAUCUUACAUUUGAGAUUUCACACUUUUAUAGCAGACAUUUUAAUAUUGAAUUAUUCUGUUUUAAUAUGAGUUUCAGUAAUUUAAUUUUAAUGUAAUGGCAUGUUCAGAAAUGAGUGAUGUGUAUACUUUGUGUCUUUUCAUCUUCUAUUAAAUUCAGAUUAUCCAAUUAUA